AUGGUGCACACGCUCCCCUUCGGAAACAUCACGGUUCCAUCGCCAGGCUUUGGUGCCAUGGGCAUCAGCUUCGGCCUGGGAAGUAACCUUACUUUGGAACAAGCUGAACCUGUGCUACUUAAAGCUAUUGAGUUAGGCUGUACAUUCUGGGAUACGGCAGUUGUAUAUCAAGCAGGUGUCAAUGAGAAGCUUCUAGGGGAUUUCAUCAGGAAACAUAAUGUCCGCGACAAAGUUUUCAUUGCGUCAAAAUGCGGCUUCGAUGUCUUUGGCACCGGCAAAGUAACCAACUCCGCCGCUCAUAUUAAAGAAUAUAUUGAGGGAACAAUUGAAAGGCUCGGGUUUGCCCCGGACCUCUACUACCUUCACCGGAUUGAUCCAAAUACCAAGCUUGAAGAGUCCAUCCCAGCUUUGGAUGAAAUCCGAAAGGCUGGAAAAACCAAGUACAUUGGCCUCUCGGAGUGCUCCGCAGCAACCUUACAACGAGCGAACUCAAUCGCCAAGAUAGAUGCUGUCCAAGCGGAGUACUCGGCCUUUGAGACACUUCACGAAACAGACGGGUUAAUUGAGAUGGCUCGAGAGCUGGGUGUGGCUUAUGUAGCCUAUAGCCCUUUAGGGCAUGGAUGGCUCGUUGACGACUUCCCGUAUAAGACACCCGACGAUUUUGCUCCGGAUGAUUUCCGUCGAUCAGUACCUAAAUUCCAAGGCGAGAACUUUUAUAAAAACAAGGCAAUUGUCGAGGAACUGAAGAAGCUUGCCACAAAGAAGGGUUGUUCUACACCUCAGGUUGCCCUUGCGUGGGUUGCAGCCCAAGGCAUGAUUGCGAUUCCUGGCACUACUAAAGCCUCUAGACUGGAAGAGAAUUGGGCAUCGAGAGAUGUAGUCUUAUCGGAGGAGGAGCUUCAAGAGGUACGGGCCCUUGUGGACUCUGCGAAGCCUCAUGGAAACCGAUAUGCUCCCGCUCAACAAGCUAUGGUGGGACACUAA